CAGCAGUUGAGGAAUUUUUAUUCACCCGGCUUAGUCAUCGGUUCUCUCGUUACUUCUCGUUAGCGCCGCCGCCGUUUUCAUAUCUCCGCCGCUGUUGCGCUCCAUUCUCCGGUCUCAGUUUCAGGCUUCUUCGCCGUUUUCUCUCUGAAGAAAAUGGCGACACAGUACGGCAUCAAAUUCGCCGUUCACCUCAUCAGCAACCACUUCGGCAAUGUCGUCUCUAAAGUAUGCGAAAACCUAUUUCACCGUGGACCCCUCACGUUGGAUCAGUUGAUUCACUACACGGAACUUACUAAGGAGCAAGUCAAGAACUCUUUACUCGUUUUGGUUCAACACAACUGUGCUCAACCAUUUGUUCCUGAUGAUGAUGAUGUAAACAAUUUGAAAGUUAGAACGCAGUACGUGGCAUUGUUUGAUAACAUAAUCCACCGACUGAGAUUUCCCAAAUUCUUGGAGACUGUGUCGCAAAGGCUUGAUGAAGAAUGUGCGGAGCUUCUUGAUGGAUUACUUCGUGAUGGCAGGCUUACCCUGAAACAAAUGGUUGACAGAGCAAGUCAAGGAAAAGAAAAUGCUGUGGAUUCUAAAGUUGUACGAGAGUUACUCUGUAAACUUUUGACAGCUCGAUUUGUUGAACGCUGCCCUGCCCCUGAGCCGGUUGUUUCUACUUCAUUUAAAGAAACUACAAUUAGGAAGCGGGGUGCCAAGUCUGCCAAGAUAUUUGUAGCUCCAAAGACAUUAGAACAAUGUGUUCUAGAAGCGGCAGUGCCUAGGGAUGCAAUCAGAUUUUCACUCACUGCAGAUAUGGGAUUGAAUGUUGAUGAAGAAAAAAAUUCAGAUGAUGCCCAAAUGAAUAGUGUUGAAGAAAAUGUUGCAGAAGAGGAACAAAUUCUUUGGCGUGCAAAUUUUGAGGAGUUUAUACGUCAUCUUAGGCAUAAGGUAUUGAUUGAGAAUGUUAGAACUCAGCAUGAUGAUGGAACUGCUGUUGUCUUACGUGCAGUAUUGGAGGCAACAAAAACUGUAGAGAAAAAAGUGAAAAUGCAGAAUUCAGUUCCCUUGUCACUGGAUACAAUUACCACGGAGGUGAUGAAGACUGAUAUAGGUCGAGCAUUUACCAUAGAUCGUAUUAGAGCCUCUCUUAGCCAGUUGGGUUGUUCGGGUUCUUCGAUUAUUGAUGAUUCAUAUAGUAUUGAUUUGAAGAAAAUUAUUGAACAGGCUCGAAAUGAAGAGGUUGAGUCAAUUAUGUUGAAAAGGUAUGGAAAGGAUGCCUACAGAAUGUUCAGGCUACUGUCAAAGGAUAGUAGUUUUCUCGACACAGAUAAGAUAGCAGCAUGUACUCUCGUUGAGCCAAAGAAAGCUUCAAAGUUUCUACACCAGUUAUGGAAUGAUAACUACUUGCAUAAGGAGACAGUGACAGGUGUUAUGGUCGGCAAGCCAUCAAAUAUUUUUUUGUGGAAAGUUAAUCAGCCUCUGCUUUGGAUAAAUGUACUGGACGAGAUGUACCAUGCUGCCUUAAAUUUGAGCAUAAGAAUGGCUUAUGAACAGGAAAAGAAUGAAGAGCUUUUAAAUGUUCCUAAAGACAAGCUAAAGGAGCCAGGACCACUGCAGAAGAAAUACAAACGGCUGCAAAAUGUCUGGUUGCUCCUAGGAGCAUCAUUGAUGAAACUCGAUGAUGCUCUCAUGCUUUUCCAUGACUUCUGAAAACGAACUUUGCUACUUUAAUUUAGAUUACAUUUUUAUUAUUAGAUGAGGAAUUAGUAUUUUAUCAUCUGCUUGUUAAGAAUUGAAAAAUAGUUAUGUUCUAAUUUCAAAUAUUAUUUUAUUUAAAGGUGGCAAAAUGGGUUCAAUCAAUGUUCUAGUUUUUUUUC